GGCCUCGCCCGAGUCCUCUUGGUCUGGUCUGUCUCCCAGGUCUCCAGGGGUAAUUCAUCCUAGGACGAGGAACAGGACAGAUACUAUACGACGAGGGUAGAGGACCGGUUCUUAUUUCUCCGCUCGUCGGAGCUUCUUUUCUGGCUCUACUAUUCCGCUCGAAGAUACUAAGUCGCCAUGGGUCGCGUGAUUCGCGCGCAGCGUAAGGGUGCGGGAUCCAUCUUCGUGUCGCACACGCACAAGCGCAAGGGUGCGGCGCGGUUCCGAUCGCUGGACUACUCGGAGCGCAACGGCUACAUCAAGGGCGUUGUCACCGAGAUUCUCCACGACUCGGGCCGCGGUGCUCCCCUCGCUAGGGUGCAGUUCCGCCACCCGUUCCGUUUCAAGCACCAGAAGGAGCUGAUGGUUGCUGCCGAGGGCAUGUACACGGGACAGUUCGUGUACUGCGGCAAGAAGGCCACGCUCAGCAUCGGCAACGUGCUGCCCGUGCGCGCCAUGCCCGAGGGAACCGUCUGCUGCAACCUCGAGCAGCACGUCGGCGACCGCGGCGCCAUCGCGCGCGCGUCGGGUGACUACGCCAUCAUCGUGUCGCACAACCCCGACAACGGCACCACGCGCGUGAAGCUCCCGUCCGGCUCCAAGAAGGUUAUCCCGUCCUCGUGCCGUGGCAUGGUGGGGCAGGUGGCGGGCGGCGGGCGCACGGAGAAGCCGAUGCUGAAGGCGGGUAACGCAUUCCACAAGUACCGCGUGAAGCGCAACUCGUGGCCCAAGGUGCGUGGUGUGGCCAUGAACCCCGUGGAGCAUCCCCACGGUGGUGGUAACCACCAGCACAUUGGCCACGCCUCCACCGUGCGCCGCGACGCGCCCGCCGGGCAGAAGGUCGGUCUCAUUGCCGCCAGGCGUACCGGGCGGCUGCGCGGGCAGGCGGCUGGGUCGCUCAAGAUGGAGAAGGCUGCUUAAGCUGCUGCUGGGGGUGGCCCUGCACGGACAAGGAUGCCGUUGCCGUGAGGUGCUUUGGGCAUGGAGGGGAGGUGGCAGACACGGGUCAUGCGACUCACGUGCUCCAGGUGAUCGAGGCGAGGCUGGCUGUGCUGCUGUCAAGUGGAAGGAUGCUGGGCCUCUGGAGGGUGCUGGGCUUGCUGGAGUUGUAGGGUGCUUGCUUGUCCUUUUAAUCGAGCUGAAGCACAUGAUUGCCAAGAAAGUAUCCUCUGCUUCCUUACAGCAAAGUUUUAGGAUAGUCAGCCUAACGGCGUUUUUUUAGGGACAAAUCUCCACCAGAUUCGCUUGUAACCAAAAUGAAGCAUAGUGAAACGUGAUCACCAGAUUCGCUUGUAACCAAAAUGAAGCAUAGUUUUUUAG